UCAGGAAAAAAAGCAUGGAAAAAAUGACAAAUCUUGUAGCUGUCUGGGAUGUGGCCUUGAGCGAUGGAAUCAACAAGAUUGAAUUUGAACACAGGACCACAUCAGGAAAGCGAGUAGUGUACGUAGACAGGAAGGAAAAGAUAAGAAAAGAAUGGAUGUUUAAACUGGUGGGCAAAGAAACAUUCACAGUUGGAGCUGCAGAGACCAAAGCCACCAUAAACAUUGAUGCCGUCACUGGCUUUGCUUAUGAAUAUACCCUAGAAAUUAACGGGAAGAGCCUGAAGAAGUACAUGGAGAGCCGAUCAAAGACCACCAAUACAUGGGUGCUGCAUUUAGAUGGCCAGGACUUCCGAGUUGUCCUGGAAAAAGACACUAUGGAUGUUUGGUGCAACGGAAAACAAAUGGAAACAGCAGGCGAGUUUGUGGAGGAUGGGACCGAAACACACUUCAACUUUGGGAAGCACGACUGUUACAUAAAGGCGGUGAGCAGCAGGAAGCGAAGAGAGGGCAUUGUCCACACCCUCCUGGUGGACAACAGAGAAAUCCCAGAGACUCCCGAGUGAUUUUUGUUCAUACAGUGUAGUCCGAAGAAGUCAAGAUCAGAACUUUUUAAUAACUCUG